ACAGUAGUAUUGGUUGUUGCCAAAAACAUCAUGGAUACUAGUACCUGUACCACUAUAGUACUAGUACUGCUAUGGCUCUACCUCUGCUGCCAGGAACUGGGCUCGUUGAUUACUGUGGUAGGCCAGUACAGCAGUACUAAGGUACUAUACAGCACUACUACACUAUCUACUCUAUUGCUAGCAGUAUGUCUAUGGCAAUGCAAGAAGGCAGGGUACCUCGUUUCCCCAAUGACCUGGUACCACUGGGUUCUAUUGGUACUACUAGUAUUACUGCAAAUAGCGGUAAUUCUAAUGGCAGUACCAGAACAACUGGAUCAAGAUGGUGGCAACCGGCCGAGCUACGGAGCCAAAUGGAAAUAUCCCAUUUACGGUGUUUCAGCGGCAUUACUGGUUAUAUUGGGUUGUACUCUAUUCUGCGGCUGGAAGUGUAACCUAUUCUGUAGACCAUGCUGUAAAAGCCAGUAUGUGUGCUAUGGUAGUGCAAUAGUGGUAGCCUUGGUGGUACUGCUGAUACUGGCAGUAACACUUUCAAUGAUACAGUAUCAGGAUGAAAGCAACUCCAUUCAUGGAGACCACCUCCAUAAGGGGGAGACCGAGAAGACUAUUAUUGGCCAUCUUGAUAAAGUGGUAGUGCCCUGUGCCCAGUGUUAUGCGAUGGCAAUUAUAUGGAGAACUAUGCUCAAUUUACCAUAUACGGUACCGGAAGUGGUGACACUGAUAUCAUCCACACUUGCAGUGGCCUCUAUAUUGGCAUUGGCAGCGUUGGGCACUGCUGUGGAAUACCAUUCAACGCUAUCAAGUACUAGAGGUUACAUUUUUCUAGCACUGCACCUAGUGGCCCUGGGCAUUACCCUGUACUGCCUGGAGUAUAAAGCGGUAUUCCACUGGCCCAAGGAAUACAUGUGCUUUGGGUUACUGGCAGUCGUACUACUGAUAACACUGGUCGCGGUAACGGUAGUGAUGCUAGGGGGAAAUGCAAUAUUUUAUGGAGUCAACGGUGAUGUUGAAGCUAUGAAAUACACCCUGCUGGGCUACUCAUUUCUACUGAUGGUACCUACAUUGUGGUAUGCAUACCGCUGUGGUCUAUUUAAAUGGUGUCUCCCGAAGAAAAAGGGUCUCAAGGGUACUGAGACUGCUGAGAACACGGUACCAGACACUGAUAUCGCAUAGGAAUAGUACCACUGAGUAUUGCCUG